AUGUUACCCUUAGCUGAAACACAUCAACAUAAUGUACCUCUCUGUAUGAACAAAACUCCACCCACUUCUGAAGUUACAAAGACGGCUUUUACUAUUUUAUCAUUAAUACAUUUAGAGCAUGUUUUAAACAAUCUCGUACUUAUGCCAAAAAUGUAUUUUGGCCCUGGAAUUGUAACAAAAGAAAA